AUGGAGUCCAUGAUAAUCACACCCGAGAUGAACUCUACACUCAAGAUAGCAGAUGUCCAAGCACAUGAUCUGCCGUUACAACACAACUUUCUCAGCUAUCUCUUUGGGUUACUCAUCGCCACAUAUAUCGUAUGGCAGUACUUCCUGCGGACAGGAGUGACGGAGAGUGCUUGUUCAGAACCCCCGAUGCUACCAUACUGGAUACCAGUGGUCGGCCACACAUUCUCGUUCCUGACAAACACUCACAAUACUAUCAUGUCUGGGAGGUCGCACUUCAAGAGUAUUACUCACCCUUUCAGCCUGUUAAUUGGGGGCCGUCGGACAUAUGUUGUUCUCGACCCUCAUUACAUUGGUAAGGUCUAUAAAAAGACCAAAGAUCUUGUGCAUGAGCCGUUUAUUGAUCAUUUGAUGAUGUGCAUUGGCACCACUCAAAAGACCAGAGAUAUCAUGUGGAACACCAUGAUUGGGGAUUCCUCGUUAACCGACUCUGCCUUGGACUGGUUACGAGAAGAGGUAUCGCAAAGUCCUUCUUCACAACCGUUCUUUGACAGGUUCAUGAUGGAACUAGACCAUGGUCUACAACAAGGUGAUCCACUAACCACCGGGAGACUACGUGAGCAUAACAUGCUCAAAUUCGUUGAAACCAUAAUUAUUACCGUCUCAACGAACUCCUUCUUUGGCAAAGUCUUGUUAAAACAAUCUCCUGAGAUAUUAGAUUCUUUCCCUAUUUUUGAUCGCCAUGUAUGGAAGAUGGUAUUCCGAGCGCCAAAGUUCACGUUUAUGACUGCUCACAACGCGAAGGGUUCAGUCAUUGAUGGGCUGACCAAAUACUUUGAUCUACCACAGAGUGAAAGACAGGAUGCUGCAUCUUUUAUCUUGAAAUCGGAAGAUGCCAUGCGCGAGAAUGGGAUUUGUUCUCGAGAAAUCGCCGCGUUGUUGUUCAAGUUUUUCUGGGGGAUCAAUGGAAUGCCCGCCACCCUUGCAUUCUGGUUUCUUGCCCGAACCGUCUACACUCCCCAUCUUUGGGAAGACAUCAGAGCCGAAGUUGCUCCUGCUUUCAGAAAUGGCAUUCACAGUCCUCCUGAUAUCGGGUACCUCAAGAAAUGUCCCAAGCUCAAUGCGACAUUCCACGAAACAUUGCGUAUUCAUGGAGGCACAGCUGGCUUUCGUCAGGUGGCAUCAGAUACUGUUAUCGGAGGCUUCACUUUCAAGGCUGGAAGCGAUGUCAUUAUGCCUUACCGUCAAAUGCACCUCGAUGAAGGGAUAUGGGAUUCCACGCGCAUCGGACUGCCUUGA